CAGCACCGUCGUCUAUCAACCACACACAGAGCGGCAUUUCGAAUAACACAGGUGAGCGCGACGAUGGGAUCCCUCGCUAAUAACAUCAUGGUCGUGGGCGCCGUCCUUGCGGCGCUCGUCGCCGGCGGGUCGUGCGGGCCCCCGAAGGUGCCACCCGGCCCCAACAUCACCACCAACUACAACGGCAAGUGGCUCACCGCUAGGGCCACCUGGUACGGUCAGCCCAACGGUGCCGGCGCUCCUGACAACGGCGGUGCGUGCGGGAUCAAGAACGUGAACCUGCCACCCUACAGCGGCAUGACGGCGUGCGGCAACGUCCCCAUCUUCAAGGACGGCAAGGGCUGCGGCUCAUGCUACGAGGUGAGAUGCAAGGAAAAACCUGAGUGCUCGGGCAAUCCAGUCACGGUGUACAUCACUGACAUGAACUACGAGCCUAUCGCUCCCUACCACUUCGACUUGAGCGGCAAGGCCUUCGGCUCCCUGGCAAAGCCCGGGCUCAACGACAAGAUUCGCCACUGCGGCAUCAUGGACGUCGAGUUCAGAAGGGUGCGAUGCAAGUACCCCGCCGGGCAGAAGAUCGUGUUCCACAUCGAGAAGGGCUGCAACCCCAACUACCUGGCCGUGCUGGUGAAGUAUGUGGCGGACGACGGCGACAUCGUGCUGAUGGAAAUCCAGGACAAGUUGUCGGCUGAGUGGAAGCCCAUGAAGCUCUCUUGGGGCGCCAUCUGGAGGAUGGACACUGCCAAGGCGCUCAAGGGCCCCUUCUCCAUCCGCCUCACCAGCGAGUCCGGCAAGAAGGUCAUCGCCAAAGACGUCAUCCCGGCGAACUGGAGACCCGAUGCCGUCUACACUUCCAACGUCCAAUUCUACUAGACUUUGAAUUCCCUUCGAUUCAUCCGGCACAGCGGGCUAUGGACCUUCAGCAGCAAGCUAAUUAAGUUGGCAGCAUGCACCGCUAACCUUAUAUACUACUGAGACUUCCAAAUUCUAGUAUAUGUAAUCCUUUUGUUCGGGUUCAUGAUCGAAUUCCAAAGAGUGGAAAACAAGCAAAAGGUUAAAUAUACAUGCCAUUUUUGGAGGCAUUUUUUUCA